CUUGUUUAUCCUUCGUUUCAGCUUCCGUAUAUAUUGAAGCUUCGUGUUUCCAUUUUUAUUCCUCGUGGUGUUCUCGGGCCUUCUCAAUCAAAUGUACCCUCCGAAGCCUGCCAAAUCACUUGUCGGGAGAGUAUUCAAUACGCUCGUUAACGCUCAAAUAUCAGUACUCGGUCUUGGUUCCAGAGACAGAAAGUUUAGCAGAUAACUACUGAGAAGGAAAAGAGAGUCAAGAAAACAAAAAUAAAGGCUAUCUGUUUCUGAUGUGUGGUUGUCUGAAACCAUGGAUUCGACCAACAGAAACAAGUCCUUUGGGUCGAGCUCCCUAACCAUGGGAGAGCGGAUCUGUGCAGCUUUCAUGCCGUUUAUUGCAGUGAUCAAUUUCUUGAUUUUUUCAAUGGCCAAUUGUUUUGAAUACCAGCCCUGUUUCAAGAAAUGCCGUUAUGGGUUCACAGAUCUUGCCCGUCUUGCCAAUGAAUCCCAUUUUACGGUGAAUGAAGUGGAGGCGCUGUACGAACUGUUCAAGAAGUUGAGUAGCUCAAUUAUUGAUGAUGGAUUGAUUCACAAGGAAGAGCUUCGGUUGGCAUUGCUCCAGACUCCAUCUGGCGAGAAUCUUUUCCUUGACAGGGUUUUUGAUCUUUUCGACGAGAAGAAAAAUGGUGUCAUUGAAUUUGACGAAUUUGUCCAUUCGCUCAACGUGUUUCAUCCCUCUGCCCCUGUAGAAGAUAAAAUUGAUUUUGCAUUUAGGUUGUAUGAUCUGAGACAAACAGGGUUUAUUGAGCGGGACGAAGUUAAGCAAAUGGUAAUUGCCAUUUUGAAGGAAUCUGACAUGAAAUUGUCAGAUGACCUUCUUGAGGCUAUCAUUGACAAAACAUUUGCUGAUGCUGAUGCUGACAAGGAUGGUAGAAUCAACAAAGAAGAAUGGAAAGCAUUUGUGCUUCGUAAUCCCAGCGUUUUAAAGAACAUGACUCUUCCUCAUUUGAAGGACAUCACCACUGUAUUUCCCAGUUUUGUUUUCAACACUGAAAUUGAGGACUCAAUAGUGUGAAGCGAUUUUAGACCAAUGUGCUGUGAAGUUCAGUAUGAUGUAAACCCGGUAAAAGAAUAUUUAGUUAGUAGAUCCUGCUAUCGAAAGGCUUUGAUUCAUGUCUCAUUGCGGGACAUGAAGAAACAACAUGUCUCCAUUUCAUUGAAGCAACACUAGGAAGUGAUAGUAACCAAAUCUUUUUGAUUAAGCUCUGCAGGCAUUUUUUUUUAUGACCGAAUGUAGCAACUGUCUAUGUUGUACAGUGGAUAGAUUACAGAUUGAGUGGAUUUUGUAAUGAGCUUGCGUAGGAUAGUUUUCUCAGCUUUCGGUUGCCUUGUACAAGUAAUUUCUCCCUGCCAAUCAAAUGUUAGCUAGUGCGAAUGUGUGAUCUGGUCCGUCCGGAAUGCCUACAUUAAUUCUGGUGUGUUAUCUUAUUACUUUGAAAUCUCUGUGAACUGCCUUGCUCUUGAAAUCUCUUCCUGAGGCCUACUUUAGCCGAACUGAUGAUCAGCUAGGUGGC